UCUCGGUCGCCCGAAGCAGCAGCUGUGGGAAAGGAAAACAAAAAAAUAAAUAAAUAAAUAAAAUCUCCCAGAUUAGAUUGCUGCAUGCAGUGCUGGCCACUCUUGAGUGAUGACCGAAACGUUGAUUCUUGGAUGCCCAUUCCAAUGUAUAAUCGGCAGACGCAGCCGCAGGCGUUCCCGCAGUAGUUUUAGGUGGAGACUGAGCAGCUCCUCCAAUGGCAAUGGCAGUGGCAGUGGGAGUGGCGGGGCCGCUGAGAAUAAGUUCAAAAGGGACAGCCUUUACAUCGACAAGCGCGGCAAAUUUCGGACCUUUAACCACAAGAAGCUCUCCAGGAAGAAGGGGGGGACUCUGCGAGGGCAAGGGUGGAAGUACGGGUCAGGGUUUGUGGAUGGGGUGUUCCCCGUGCUGAGCCCAAUUGCUCAGCAGAUGGUCCAGUUCAUGAAGGAGGAAAGAGAUGCCGACAGUGUUUUUGCCUUUCUUGAUCAGCUUCCCGCCACUCACACCUCCUGGGAUGAUAUCAUCAAUGUCGCCGUUCAUCUUCGCCUGAGCAAACUCUGGGACCCUAUUGCGUUGAUAGGUGAAUGGGUAUUGUCCCGGAGCUCCUUCCAACCUGAUGUCAUCUGUUACAAUUUACUCAUCGAAGCCUACGGGCAGAAAUUGCAGCACAGGAAGGCAGAAACCAAAUAUUUAGAACUCAUUGAAGCCCGCUGUGUUCCCACGGAGCAUACAUAUGCCCUUCUCCUCAAGGCAUACUCUGCAGCUGGCUUGCUCGAGAAAGCUGGAGCAGUCUUUGCUGAGAUGCAGAGAUAUGGUCUCGUCCCUAGUGCAAUAGUAUACAAUGCUUACAUUGAUGGGCUGAUGAAGGGAGGAAAGCCUCAAAAAGCAGUAGAGAUCUUCGAUAGGAUGAAAAGAGACCGAUGCCAACCUUCUACUGAAACCUAUACAAUGAUGAUCAACUUACAUGGAAAGACAAGCAAAUCAUAUGUGGCCUUAAAACUGUUUAAUGAGAUGAAAAGUCAAAGAUGUAAGCCAAAUAUCUGCACAUAUACUGCUCUCAUAAACGCAUUUGCAAGGGAGGGGCUUUGUGAGAAAGCAGAAGAGAUAUUCGAGCAGAUGCAAGAAGCCGGGCUUGAACCUGACGUCUACACCUACAAUGCUCUCAUGGAAGCUUACAGUCGUGCGGGAUUUCCUUACGGUGCUGCAGAGAUAUUCUCGCUCAUGCAGCACAUGGGCUGUGAACCAGAUAGAGCUUCAUUCAACAUAAUGGUAGACGCCUAUGGAAGAUCCGGUCUUCACGAAGAUGCAGAAGCUGUGUUUGAGGACAUGAAGAGGCUGGGAAUAACCCCAACAAUGAAAUCCCACAUGCUUCUUUUAUCUGCCCACUCCAAAAGUGGGAAUGUAGCGAGGUGCGAGGCCUUAGUGUCUCAAAUGCAGAAUUCAGGCAUUGAACUGGAUACAUUUGUUCUUAACAGCAUGUUAAACCUUUACGGACGGUUAGGCCAAUUUAAGAAGAUGGAGGAAGUUUUAAAAGUUAUGGAGAUUGGACCUUGGCCAGCUCAUAUAAGUACCUACAAUAUUCUGAUAAAUGCUUACGGGAAGGCGGGAUUUUUGGAUAGAAUGGAGGAGAUUUUCAGAAUUCUACCAAGCAAGAGUUUGAAGCCCGAUGUGGUGACUUGGACGUCGAGGAUCGGAGGGUAUUCCAGGAAGAAACUGUACAAAAGAUGCUUAGAGAUCUUUGAGGAAAUGAUUGAUUCAGGAUGUUACCCCGAUGGAGGGACAGCAAAGGUUCUUCUAUCGGCAUGUUCGAGCGAGGAUCAGGUGGAGCAGGUCACCACGGUUCUCAGAACAAUGCACAAGAGCAUGAGCACUUCUUUACCCACAUGAUGGACUCCUUAUGCUUCCAAAAACUUCCCUCAAAAGGCCUGUCUGUGAAUUCGAUGUCUUGUAUAUAUACUAUUGAAAUAUGUUGUCCUACACGGAAAAAUUGAGAAAAAAAUCAUAAGCUUAUAUGAGGUUUGGAUUUAGCAGUCUAUCAACUUGAGUUUUUGGA